AUGGACGUGUUCCGAGCAUUCGUCGUCAACGGGAAGACUUACGAUGUACAGAUGGUCUGGGAAGACACCAAACCACUCUUCAGAGCCAAAGAUGUAGGCGAUGUCUUAGGUUUGACCAAUGUACGGGUUUCUAUACAAGCCUUCGACCAAGAUGAGAAGGUUGUCAUCUCGAGUAACACUCUCGGUGGCUGUCGGGAAAGUAUUUUUUUGACCGAACGGGGCCUAUACCGUCUCCUCAUGCAAUUUCGAAAGCCCAUCGCAAGGCCUUUCCAGAAGUGGGUCGCUGAAGUGAUCGAAUCCAUCCGCGAAAAGGGACACUAUGAACUACGUCAAGCGGUCGAAGAAGGAAAGAAAGCCAUCGAGCGAGUUCGGGAAGAGACAGCUGCAGAGAUCGCUGAUGUAUUGGCAGAGCAAGGCGCUCUAUCGCAACGUGCGGUCAACGAAGCCCGACACACGGCAUUGAUCAACUCCUUCCGCAACGGUCUGUAUGUCGUCUACUUCGGUCGCAUCAGACUCCAAUACGAUGGAAGAUGGCUCAUCAAGAUCGGGAGCACGAAGGACCUGCAGGACCGAGUUCCAGGUCUCGUCAAGGAAUUCGGCGGCAUGCAGAUCUUCGAGGUCUUUCCCGUGGCCCUGUCAAGACAAUUCGAGGAGUUUCUGAAGACUCACCCGAAAAUCUCGAAGUUGGCAUUCAAGGACGUCAUCCACAACGGUCAUAGGUCGCAUCGCGAGGUUUUCAGCAUGACGGAGGAGGAUAUACAGAUGACCGUCAACAUCGCCAAGAGACACGCCCCCGCUUACAACGAUCAGGCGACUACCGCACAGCUCGUGGAGUUGGAACUCCAAAGAUACAAAUCAGCCCAAGCAAUACCACAAGAUCUUUCUCCUCAGAUCGUUGUGUCAUAUUACGUCCCACCCGACGAACAUCGGUUUACACAGGCGCGAGGUUCGAAGAUCCAGCGUUAUUCAGAAGAUGGGAAGACGCUCUUGCGAACGUAUCCAGGUUGCGGAGAAGCAUGGCUGACGGGAAGGGUUAGGAUGGAAGCUCGCAACCUCUCGCCGAGUCAACUCCGCCGCCUGCAGCGAAUGUACACCGAGCGCUUCUACGUCUUACACACAGAGUACGACGAGGCCACGCAGAGCGGCCACUUCAAGGUCAGUGGAUCUACGGGGUCUGUAUACACGGUCGGCUUGAACGGCGCAGGAGCGUUCGACUGCGACUGCCCCGACUCCAUCGGACGCUUAUCCCACGAGCCGGACCUGAUCUGCAAGCACAGGUGCUUCGUCCUCUACAAGGUCUCGAGAUGCGACGUAGAAACCGUCUCUCCCAGCCCGCGCCUGCGGGGUUCCGCGCUGAAGAGGGUGCGGCAGCGCUUGAGAGACUCGUCGGUGGAUCCAAGCACGCUGAGCGCGAACGUGUCCGACCCCGCCCUGCGUGCCAACUACGAACGCAUCGUGGGAGCUGUCGAGGAGCUCAUUUCCGGGCCUUCGUUCGAGGCACCCCCGCUGCUCGGAGACCAGGCGGAUGAUUGUGCUGUCUGCUACGACAGUCUAGCCGAAGGUGCGAGGCUGGGGUGCCCCGAUUGUCGAAACUCGAUACACAAGGACUGCAUGAUGCGGUGGGUCCGAUCGGGCAAGAUCACGUGCCCCUUCUGCAGAUCCAAGUGUUGGGAGAGGUUGGAUCCUCGGACGGGUCGGACGAAGCCUUUGCAGUUCUACGUGAACGUCUUCGUGUAG